AUCCAACGGCUAGGACGUGCCGGACGGUCGGAAGGCACCGAUCGAGGCCCAAUGGCGAUGAGGACGGCGGCGCUCCUCUUCCUCCGGCGGCGGGUCGCAGCCGCCGCCGCGCCAAGGCCGCUAGAACCGUACGCCGCUGGCCUGUCAACCACAGCGGGACACGACGCUCUAGACAGUGGCGGUGGGGAGCGGAACAAGAAGCGGUGGGUGGAGCUCCCUCCCUUCGCGCCGCUCGACGCCAACGCCGCCGCGCGAGCCAUUUCCCGAGGAGAUGGAGGCGAAGGGGCAUGCUCCAAUGCCACGGCUAUCAGGUGGGUCCGGCGCUGCUGUCCACACUUGCCGGCGUCGCUGGUGCAGAAGCUGUUCCGCCUCCGCAAGAUCAAGAAGAAUUUUGUGACUGCUGAUCCAUCUUCUACAGAUGCUAGUGCUGAGCAACUCCGGUUGAGAAGGGUGUCAGCAAAAGAUGAACUAGUGCCUGGUGAUAUUCUCUUUCUACCAGUUAAUAUUCAAGAAUCUGCUGUUGCUGAGAAGACCAAGAAAUUUGAUAACAGGAAUGAGAUAGAUUUUCUACGUAGCCUUGAGAUUUACAAGGAUAAGGCCAUCAUCGUGAUCAACAAACCACCUGGAAUGCCAGUGCAAGGUGGUGUUGGUAUAAAAAAUAGUAUAGAUAUACUGGCUCCAAUGUUUGAGGAAAAUUCUUCUGCGGGGCCUCGAUUGGUCCACAGGCUUGAUAGGGAUUGCAGUGGCAUCCUUGUUCUGGGUAGGACUCAACUUAGCGCUACCAUUAUGCAUGCUAUAUUUCGUGAGAAAACUGCUGAUGCUUUAGCCGAUGGUACUCAACAAGUAUUGCAAAGAAAAUACGUUGCACUCGUUAUUGGAACACCUAGACAUCCCAAGGGUUUAUUGUCGGCUCCACUUGCGAAGGUUGUAUUACAAGAUGGCAAGUCUGAGCGUUUGACUGUUAGAGCUGGUUCAAAUACUACUUCUGUUCAGGAUGCUUUGACAGAGUACCGUGUGAUUGAAUCUUGUCCUCAAGGGUACACAUGGCUAGAACUGUUUCCUCGUACUGGUAGGAAGCACCAGCUUCGAGUCCAUUGUGCGGAGGUUCUCGGAACACCAAUUGUUGGGGAUUACAAGUACGGACGGCAGACUCACCAGAACUGGACGCCUCUUUCCAUGCCACGUACAAUCGAUGAGAAAAUGCUCGAGAAAAGGAAGCUUCCCUUUGGGCUUUCUGUGGGUGGCGGAAGCAUAGCAGAGGAGCAGCCUCAGCUCCAUCUACACUGCAAGCAGAUGAUUCUUCCUGACGUCUCAGCAGCCAUGCAGCAGCUGCAGUCUUCAGAUGGCGAUCACGAUUUCUCUGAUCUUGAGAAGCUCAGCUUUGUUGCGCCAUUGCCGUUGCAUAUGCGGUUGAGUUGGGAGAUUUUGAAAUAUGUUCUCAAAUAAUUCGUCCUUCCAUCUCGUAGAAGCUUGGCUUAGAACAGCUUGAAUACCAAUUUAAGUGCCCAUAAGAGAGCAGUCCUCUUUCAGAUCAUCACAGAGAAACAAUGUUGAUAAACGAAGUUUUCUGUAUUAUGUGCAUGUUCUCCCUCUUUUAUUUCCUUCCAGAAAAAUCUUUUUUUCUUUCUUUUUUUGGUUGGGAAAUUCUACCUUUUCUGGUAAUCAAUUAACAAUGAUAGUUAUUCUUCUA